UCCGGGAAAGAAAGCCUUCUUCGAAUCCACAAAUUGCCGCUUAUCUCGUUCCUGUUCAGACUUGCCUCUUCCAUUGAAGUAUCCGAGUUGGGGCCAGAAACGAACACAGAUUCCGAUUUCGUAGCGCCAUAUAUACGAUUGAAGAAGUGGAAUCACCUGGAGCGGGACAAUAAAUAAGGUCCUCUCUCCUCUGUUUGUGUCCGCCUCCUUAUAUCUCGGCGCCAAUUCUUCCCACUGGCGAUAUCAAUGGCGCGCUUAGGAGAUAACCGUAAAAGGGGAUCCUUCCGCAUGCUUCCCGCCGGCAGCCGCAAGCGACGGCUGACCGCUGACCUCCAUGACGACGAGCGGCUGGGCGUCCCUCCCCGGGGACAUCGCCGACCUCAUCUCCCUGCGGCUGCUCGCAGAGGACGUGACAGAAUACAUCAGAUUCCGCGCCGUGUGCUCGCCGUGGCGAUCGUCAACGGCCAGCCCACGAGACGCGACCCUGUUGGACAGGCGCUUCAGCCCGCGCGGAUGGGUCGCGCUCUGCGACGUCGACGGGGUGCCGGUGACAGCCGCGUGCAAGAUCACCUUCUUCCACACAUCCACCGGCCAGCGCCUCGCCGUCCGCCUGCCGGAGCUCCACCGCCAAAAGAUUGUCGGCGUCACUGACGGCCUCAUCGUCACGCUGGACAAGGACAGCUCCGUGGUGCGCGUGCUCCACCCCUUCACGCGCGUCACUGUCGAGCUCCCUCCCCUUGCCACCAUAUUCCACACUGAGAUCAACAACUUCACCUCGCUGCUGUCGAUGGGCGCCGCUGUCUGCCGCGCCGACACAUCGAUCGCCGUCGUGGCAUGGUUAACCAGCGCAAAGAUGGUUAUGAGUGCGCGCCAAGGCCGCCCUAGCUGGGCGGUGAACCAUCGAGACAUCACGCUCCACAACACCCUGCCCUUCCAAGGCCGGCUGUACGGCACCACACCGGCGUCAGAGCAGCUCGUUCAGCUCUACCCGCCAAAUCCAUGCGGGGCAGUCGUCGCUCAUGUCCCGCACGAGUUGGUCCACAUAUUCAGAUCCUCCUACUUCCUCGUGGAGUCCGGCGGGCGCAUGCUGCUGGCCGUGCAGCAUCAUCGAAGGGGCCAUGCCAUUCGCCCUGAGAUGGAGUGGUGGCGACACUUCACCGUCACGCUGUUUCAGGUGAACCUGCAUGGCGGGGAGCUCAUUCCGGUGAACGGCCUUGGCGACGAGGCCGUGUUCCUAGGGAAAGACCGCUGCCUGUCGAUCUCCGCCACGAACCUCCCUUGCAUCAGCCGCAACUCCGUUUACUCAUAUGUAUCAAACAAGGAUCCCGUUGUGUUGCAUUCUCUGGGCGGUGGUUCUUCCGAGCAGACAACGAUGUACACGAGGGUGCAUUAUUCGAAUGAGAUGGUUCGUCCAUCCGUGCGGCCUUUCACGCUCCCAGAUCAUCUUAUGACAUACUGUCAUAAUCUUCAAUGGACAAGGGGGCUGAUGCUUCAUGAAUAUGCUGCCAUUCCUUCAUAUCUGAGUGAUCUGCGAGAGAAAAUACACGCACACGAAUCUGAUAUCAGGUUCCCGUAUAUAGGGGACGUUGGCAAAAAGGCUAAGACCAAGCGUGUUCGUGCUGUUGUGAAGAAGAACCAGCCCCUCUGUGCUUAGCACCGCUGAGAGAACCAUGGCAAGAGGUUCAAUCCGAAGCUCCAAGAUGGUUUGCUGGUUUUUAAGGUUUAUUUUAAUUACAGAGUCUUGGAGGUGCCUUAUUUGUACUCUGUAGCUAGCAAUUCAUUGAAGGAGAUCUCUUACUGGCCUGUCCUCGCACAAAUCAGUAUAUCUUUGUAUGUCGCAGUUGGAAUGUUUUGAAACUUCUAUUUUCUUGGAAAGACAGGAACUGAGUAAGCUUGUUAAUUAAGAUAAGAUUGGUUGCCACAGUUUAUGACCAUAGAUGUUGUGAUACUUUGAAGUAACAAGU